AUGUCCCAACCAGCCUUAUCAACCCUCGCAACUUCUUCGCAGCAAGCAGGUCAGAGGUACAACGAAAGCGAUGUGCACGACCUCAGCACCAGCAGUCGACAUCUUCCCCAAGUAGAGAAGGACGCCGACGAUCCAAACUCACCCCCGACUUCAUCCCACGCUCGCCACAAUCGUGAAGGGUCCACUACCCUUACGACCCUCAGUCGCCUCUUUGCCGUCCAAGCCGCUACCUCACCCAGCGCUUCCCGCACCCCAUCUUACCAGGAAACCAGGCCAAUCUCAACCUACAACCGUAGCCUCCAAUCCGCUGAUUCGGCCAACCUGCCAUCGCAUCUCUACAGUCGAGGUCUACUCGAAGGCCGACAUUCCGAUAUCACCGUCCACGCAUUUGGCCAGGAGUACAAACUCCAUCGCCUUAUCCUUGAUCGAGCGCCCUUCUUCCGAAGUGCCCUAAGCGAGCCCUGGCUGGAGUCUUCUGCUCGCGACACGACGGUUCACCCUGAAGACAUCGAUCCGUCCAUCACGCAAGCCUCCUUUGAGCUUGCGUUGAAGCGAUUGUAUGGCUGCAAUGAGCCUGCUGAAGAGAGUCGCGAUGCCGUUGGUCUCUUCGCGACCGGGUGUUGGCUCGAGAUGCAAGAUCUCAUCGAGUCUUCUGUCGAGAGCAUGCUCCGCCAGAUGACUGCUGGCACGCUUGCACCGCUAAUUCGACUGGUGACUAGCAACUACUAUGGCCGUGCUGGGGACAAGAUCCUGGCUUCUGCGAAAGCAAUGCUGUGUAGAGACGGCUGGUGCAUGCCUCUCCGCUACUGGGAUGGUAUACCGGGCGACAUUAUCCGCGAGAUUGUAGGCGGCGACGGCUUCUUCAUCGAUGGCGAGUGGGAUCGCUGGGCCCUCGCUAAGCGAAUUCUUGACCGACGCUUGAAAUCUAAAGCACUGGAUGCUGGCUUAGUGGAGCCAGGCACGACAAGGAAGGUGCUCAAAGCACCGGACCCGGCAAGCCUGAUGGCGGUACGCUUUGAUGGAGUAUAUCGCAAGAAUGGUAUGGGAAGUGGCAGAGGGGUACCGGAUCAUCUACAUCGCUGGGUCACUCUUUACACGCUGCCUGAGAUCGAGCCGUUGUUGGUCCUGCUGGAUGAAGGCAUCCAUUACGUGCAUCUCGACUUCGAGCAAUUGCAGUUCAUCAAAGACACCCGAGAUAUCCUUGGUUUGCCGGUCUUACCCCAAAAAGUCGUUGGCGAUGCACUAUGGCAGCAAAUGGAGCUGCGGCAGAAGGUCCUCAAUGCUCGAGAUGGCGAGAUGGACCUCGGGAUAUCGGUCACAUGUACGGACGACACAGACUCCGAGGCCACUCGUGACACCACCAUGAACAUUACGACACCACUUCCGCCUUCGCCGCCCUCCGAGACUUCUAACCCGUUCUCGAAAGGCAAGCAACCAGCUGCCUCAACCUCUACUUCCACUGUCCGUGCUGAGCCCACCACGAAGUCUUGUGGUGAAGAAGAUAUUGCAAGCGAUUCAUGGGACGCUAAUGGCAAGCCUCGUAAGUUCUGGAUCCCGACAUCUGAUUGCAAUAUCGUCAUGGGCGGCAACGCGGAUCCAGUCAUCGCUACGAGCAACAACACAACGCUGCAACGACAUGCAAGCCGCUUGUCUGCAACGCUCGGUCCGGAAGACGUGCAAUGGAUGUCGGAUUUCGGCGCUGUGACUGCACAGCCUCGGAAUGCCCGAACUACUGCUGGCGCGAACGGAGGAUCUGGAGGAGCACAGGGAGAGAACGGCGCCGCAGCAGGCGCUGGCAACCCGAAUGACGUGAGAUAUACGCACUUUCCGCCUUUCCGGUUCGCGGCCUCGUUCCCAAAUCCGAGACUACUGAAGGAGAGGAAGAGGGUGUACUCGCGAACUGUCUUCUACGCAGGUAGCUUGUGGAACAUCUACAUCCAAAAGGUCGCAUCGACGCGAUCAAAACAGCUGGGCGUAUAUCUACACAGAGCGAAAGAAAGGGAUGCUGAAGAAGUCAUUGCCAACACUGCUGGCUUGGCGCAGGGCAGCGUAGAUGAGCGCAUAGGUGUGCUCGAGCGAGAGAUGAUCUUGAGGUCUGAGAGGCGGGACAGACGCGAUGCAAGACGCAGGACUACGGUUGGUAGCGAUGGCGCAGAUACGGACGGAGCGGACAGUCUUGGCAGCGCGGGCGAUGAGCCAGCUCUGGUGGAGGAUGGACGACCAAGCCUCAUGCACGAUCUUCUCGUCGGGUCACGUCCGGUUCAACGGGGACGCCAGGCCGAUGCACAGGUGUUGUCAAACCGCACAUCAGCGUCCACUACCACCAACGACACAAUGUUCACUCCGGCCACCGACCCAUCCGUGUCAUCCUCGGACACUGACGAUGCCGACCUCGAGAGCCCUACUGUCCCCUCCGCCUCUGCCUCACACUACUCCUACCCAACACAGAAGCAGAAACGGCCUCACGUGCCCACGCUACCACCCUACGUGGACGCCAGACCAACGAUCAAGACAUAUUUCAAGAUCUACUCACCCAGCAGAGGAGGGCGCAUGCUUAGCGUAUACGAAAGUGCACCAGAUAGCUUCAAUUUCAGCCAGAGCUGGGGUUGGAAGAGCAGCACGCUUAUGCUUGACGAUGGGUUGGACGGGGAUGACACUGAUGGUGCUGAAGCGCUAGUGGAGGGUGAAGAUAAGGCGAGGAAGGAGAAAGAUGGGAGAUUGAGGUUUAUGGUUGUCAUUGGGAAUAUCUGA